AGGCCAAUCACCGCCCCCAGGCACGCAACGUUGGCUCUUCACCACUCAACCGCCGGACAAAGCGUCGCCUCUCCGCCGCUAAUAUCUGUGAACCUUCACCGGGUAAAACCACCGCCUGGAAGAAGAGACGUUUGUUAUUUCAACUAACCCCCACUCCUCCUCCUCUCUCCGCUGUUUCGGGUCUCAAAUGUGGCUCACAAAGGAUUAGCGGCCGUGCGGGAAUUCCGCCCUCGCGGAGCUAUAACUGGACAAACCCCGCCUCCUCUUAAUUUGUCAACAAAGGGGUUUGACAAGCUGGGAGAAGCCCUGCCUCCAUGUUCCCUUAAAAGGAUGAUUUGGUCUUACACGGCCAACGACCGAGCCGUGAGUAGCCGUUUUCCCUUUCACAUCCCCGUUCAUAUGGUGCGUUGACUUCCUCCGUCGCUGUUUUAAGCGGAGCUAUCAUGGCGGAGCGCGGACAGCAGCCCCCGGCCAAGCGGCUCUGCUGUCGACCGGGCUACAGCGCGACGUGCAGGCAAGGCCAGCGGGCCGCGUGGGCGACAUGCGGCGGUUCGGCGGCCGCUCAGGGCGAGUCGAGCAAAACCCAGAGCCCGGAGUCUCUCCUGGACAUCGCGGCGAGGAAAGUCGCGGAGAAGUGGCCGUUUCAGAGGGUAGAGGAGCGCUUUGAGCGGAUUCCGGAGCCAGUUCAGAGACGGAUAGUGUACUGGUCAUUCCCGAGGAGCGAACGGGAGAUCUGCAUGUACUCGUCGUUCAACACGAGCGGGGAGGAGACCGGGAGUAGCGGGGAGAGCGGCGACGACACGCGGCUGCCCUUCCGACGGGGCAUCGUUCUGCUGGAGAGCGGCUGCGUGGACAACGUACUGCAAGUCGGUUUUCACCUUAGUGGCACAGUCAGAGAACCUGCCACCUCCACGGAGCCGGAGCAGGUCUGCAACGUGAGCGUCAGCUUCGACCGAUGCAAAAUCACAGCGGUGACGUGCAGCUGUGGCAACAAGGACAUCUUCUAUUGUUCCCACGUUGUGGCACUGUCGCUUUACCGAGUACGGAAGCCGGAGCAGGUCAAACUGCGCCUGCCUAUCUCGGAGACUCUUUUCCAAAUGAACAGAGAUCAGCUGCAGAAGUUUGUACAGUACCUGAUCACAGUGCAUCACACCGAGGUGCUGCCAACGGCACAGAAACUGGCAGACGAAAUACUGUCGCAGAACUCGGAGAUUAACCAGGUCCAUGGAGCUCCAGAUCCGACAGCAGGCGCCAGUGUGGAUGAUGACAACUGCUGGCAUCUGGACGAGGAACAAGUUCAAGAGCAGGUGAAGCUCUUUCUCUCCCAGGGCGGGUACCAUGGCUCAGGAAAGCAGCUCAACUUACUGUUCAGCAAGGUGAGAGAGAUGCUGAAGAUGAGGGACUCCAAUGGCGCUCGCAUGUUAACGCUGAUCACAGAGCAGUUCAUGGGCGACCCCAGGCUAGUGCUGUGGAGGCAACAGGGAACCACCAUGACUGACAAGUACAGACAACUGUGGGAUGAACUAGGGACUCUGUGGAUGUGCAUUGUGCUGAACCCCCACUGUAAACCCGAGCAGAAAGGUUUCUGGCUUCGACAGCUACGCAGGUGGAACAGUGUGGACGUCUGCCCCUUGGAGGAUGGUAACCAUGGCAGCGAGCUGACCAAUCUGACCAAUGUUCUGCCCCAGGGCCCUCCCGGCCACCUAGACCCACUAACUCGGCCUCACCGGACUGUCUUCACACGGGCGAUUGAGGCCUGUGACCUGCACUGGCAGGACCCCCACCUGCAACACAUCAUCACAGAGGACCACUACGCCAACUACUGUUACCAUGACAACCUGGACAGCUCCCUCUUUGACGCCCGAGGGUGGCCUCUGUGGCACGAGCAUGUCCCCACUGCCUGCGCCCGAGUAGAUGCCCUGAGAUCACACGGUUACCCCAAGGAGGCGCUCAGGCUGGCCAUCACCAUAGUCAACACACUGAGGAGGCAACAGCAGAAACAGCUGGAGUUCUUCCGCACUCAUAAAAAAGAGCUGCUCCACAAAGGCAUCACAUCAGUGACCAACCUGGAGGGCUGGGUGGGCCACCCUCUGGACCCCAUCGGCACCCUGUUCAGCACUCUGAUGGAGACGGGGCACGGCAGGGAGGACGGAGCCUCAGUGCUUCUGGACUUCUCAGGCUCACCGAGUCCAGGGAGGACGACGGAGUUGCCCGUUUUCCUGGCGCAUUGCUUCCUGGAAGAAGGCGAGUCGUUUGUGUCGCUGGCCGUGGAGACGGCUCUGAUUGGUCUGGGGCAGCAGAGGGUGAUGCCCGACGGCCUCUACGCCCAGGAGAAAGUGUGUCGCAACGAAGAGCAGCUGUUGGCCAAGCUCCAAGAAGUCGAUUUAGACGACUCGUUGGUGAAAGUCUUCCAGAAGCAAGCUGUUUUCCUGCUAGAGGCUGGUCCUUACAGUGGUCUGGGAGAAUUACUCUACAGAGAGAGCGUUCCCAUGCACACCUUUGCCAAGUAUCUCUUCACCUCACUGCUACCUCAUGACGCCGAGCUGGCGUACAAAAUUGCACUGAGGGCCAUGAGAUUGCCAGUCCUGGAGUCCACAGCCUCCUCUGGUGACUUGUCCCGGCCCCACCAUAUAGUGUCGGUGGUUCCCAACCGCUACCCUCGCUGGUUCACGCUCAGCCACAUAGAGACCCAACAAUGUGAACUGGCCUCUACCAUGCUCACUGCUGCUAAAGGCGACGCUCGUAAACUACAAACAGUGUUAGAGUCCAUCCAGAAGAACAUCCACUCCUCAUCACACAUCUUCAAAUUGGCCCAGGAUGCCUUCAAGAUCGCCACGCUCAUGGACAGUCUGCCCGAUAUCACUCUGCUCAAAGUCUCCCUGGAGCUGGGCCUUCAGGUGAUGAGAAUGACCCUGUCCACCUUGAACUGGAGGAGGAGGGAAAUGGUGCGAUGGCUCGUCACUUGUGCUACAGAAGUUGGUGUGUUUGCACUGGACAGCAUCAUGCAGAGCUGGUUCACCCUCUUCACACCCACUGAAGCCACCAGUGUCGUGGCCAGCACGGUCAUGUCGAACAGCACCAUCGUCCGCCUGCACCUGGACUGCCAUCAGCAGGAAAAGCUGGCCAACUCAGCCCGCACCUUAGCCCUGCAGUGUGCCAUGAAGGACCCCCAAAACUGUGCCCUGUCGGCCCUGACGCUUUGUGAGAAGGACCACAUUGCCUUCGAGACGGCCUACCAGAUUGUACUGGACGCAGCUGCUACAGGAAUGAACUACACACAGCUGUUUACAAUAGCACGCUACAUGGAGCACCGUGGUUAUCCUAUGAGAGCGUACAAGCUAGCAACGUUAGCCAUGACUCACCUGAACCUCAGCUACAACCAAGACACACACCCGGCCAUCAACGACGUGCUCUGGGCUUGUGCGCUCAGUCAUUCGCUGGGGAAAAACGAACUGGCGGCCGUCAUCCCCCUGGUCGUGAAGAGCGUGAAGUGCGCCACCGUUUUGUCGGACAUUCUGCGGCGGUGCACGCUAACGACGCCAGGCUUGGUGGCGCUGCACAGUCGCAGGAACUCUGGGAAGCUGAUGUCUCUGGACAAGGCCCCGCUCAGGCAGCUACUGGACGCCACUAUCGGGGCCUACAUCAACACGACGCACUCUCGGCUGACACACAUCAGCCCACGCCACUACAGCGAGUUCAUCGAGUUCCUCGGCAAAGCCAGGGAGACUUUUCUCAUGGCGCAGGACGGACACAUCCAGUUCACUCAGUUCAUAGACAACCUGAAACAGAUAUACAAGGGCAAAAAGAAACUCAUGAUGCUUGUUCGAGAGAGAUUUGGCUGAAAGAGCAUCGAAAGACCAUGUGACCCUUUUUUUUAUACUUGAGACUUGUUUUUUUUUUUUAUCCUCUCUAACUUGAAGAAAAAAAAUCCACUUAAAACGACAUUCACACAAAUCUUACUCUAAUAACUUGGAACUGCUGGGUCUAAUGUGAUAAUGAGACGUCGGGGUGUAAUUAAAUGCACAUCAAGCUAAGGUUUUAAGAGCAGCGUUGAUGAGACUAAUCGACUCCAAGCCACAAAAAUGGACUGAAAAAAAGCUGAAAAUGUUUCUGUAUCAGGUCAAUAUGCUCACCUGUAUACAUUCAAUUAUAUAACACAAAUAGCAUUAGCAUCCCAAAGGAAUUAGCAACACAAGAAUGUGGAUUUCACAUGUUAUGCUAAAAUAAAAAUAUCCCAAUAUUGACCAAAACUAUUGACUACACUCAAUGGAAAUAAGACCAAACUGAUCCACAGAGGUUUGUGACUUGGAGUCUCUUUUUCAGCGGCUAACGCGAUAAAAGACAAUUUCUAGAUAAUUACACGUCAUUUAACUCCAGCUGCACCAUGUGUUAGCACAGUCACAUCCUCGGGUUGACUGAAGUGUUUGAAUCCCAAUUACCUCCUAAAAUAAAACAGGCUUGAAAUCAAACCCUUAAAAGUAAAAAAAAACUAGAAAAACAUUAGAUGUGCAGAAGAGGUAGAGAAUUCAUGGACGUGUGUUUGUGUGUUUCCCUUUACAUGUAUGAACGUGGGAGUGUAAGAGUUUUACACUGAGUAUAAACUGUAUUGUUUAAUGUCCUUGCACUCCUCCUAUGUCCCUCAGUUAACAUCCGCAGCCUCAAAGAGAAAAAACAAACGGCUUUAAACCAAAUGGAGCGACUCCAUCUGAAGUAUCAAGUACCUCUUUUUAAGGAUCCAGCUUUAUCCCCCGGUCCUCACCUCCAUCCUCACCCAUCUGCUCAGUCGGGUGAAAGGAGAGAGAGAAAAAAACUCAUAACCCAUGAUCAGAGUUCAUAAACUGGAUCUUUUCUCUUUUUUUUUCUUCUGCCAAAUUCAGGCCGACUGUUCUGGUUCUUGCAGUGUUGUCUCAAACGUUCAGUAUGCUUAGUUUACAGACCAUAAUGUCACGGCUGUCACAGUGCUUGCUCUAGUGGAAACUGUCAAACAUACAUUCUCAGGGAUUUCUCUUUUUUUUAAAAAAAAAAAAGAAAAGAAAAGAAAAGAAAAAAAGAGAGAGAAUAAAAGCAUUUUAAUGUCCUGUAUAUAUAUGAAAGUAUAUGUCUGAAUAUUGAAAAAAAAAAAUGUAUAUGUUAACUAAUUUAUGACAGAAUAUUCUAUGUGAGGCACAAUACUUGAAGCUGCAGUACUUUUGGUUUCUUGAAACAAGAAAAAAAAAAACACAUAUCAGAAGGACUUCAAAAUGUUGGCCUUGCAUUGCAUCAGGGGCCGCUCGUCACUGCAGGACACGCAGAGGACACGCAGAGGACACGCUGGAUCUGGAGACACGUAAUGAACUGCAGAAAAUACCGGAGACAGGAAGUGGACAUGCAAAUAUCGUGUGCCCCUGAAUAAAGACGUGUAUUGAGGAGCGCGGCAGACAUCGGGAGAAAGAGAGGACUGUGACUGCGACACGCCAGCGGACAGGAAGCUUCUCUCGUGUCUCCCUCUGCACUGAUUCAGGUCGCAAAGGGUCACAAAGCUUGUUUCACAGCCAGUGUCCAUGCCUCGUCUGCUGACCUCUGAACUCUGAGCACGUCAGAAAGGGCACAGGCUAGACCUGUGUUGUUGUUUUUUUUUUACGAGUCCUGUGUUUUACUGAUCAUUUCCUGGAAACUGUCUUCGUAAUUUCCCCCAAAAGAUAAGCUGGUAUUUAGCCGUAAAUUACACGUUUUUCUUUUCCGAGAAAAGCCCACAAAAGUCUCUUCAUUUCCAUAGACUGUUGAAAAAAAAAAGUGGACGUAGCUUCUAGAAGCCUCAAGAUUUGCAGUUAGACCAGAACAUGACGUCACCUGCAACCAGGCACCGACUGGACCAGCUCUCAAUCACACUGGUGUCCACUCAUACAGUAUGUGCCGUGUUUUAUCAUCCGUUUUCCUCUGAAGGAGAUAUUAUAAAUGUUAUAUAUCAUUUUUAGAUUUCCAUUCAAGUUCUGUUCUUUUUUUGCAACCAAUGGUGUCGUCCCCUCACGGCUGUUCAAUAACCUUGAAAACCAGGAGACUAUGUCCACUUUUUAAUGUACGGUCAAUAUCCUCCUAAGAAGAUUUUGUGGAAACAGGUUCAGGACAAAGAAGACAACUGCCCCAAAGGAAAAUGGGCCACUGAGUGUUUACGUGACCGUAAAGCAAUUCAAACUUACAUUUUAUAAGUAGCUUUCUAAUGACAACAUAUACCAGAAAGGAUGAUGUUUAUCUUCUUUUUUUGUUGUAAGUUUCCACUUUCCAAACACAAACAUGGCGGAGCAAGACGUCAGCCUCCUAAAAUCAAGUCCUUUGCCCUGAAAAGGUUCAUUCUAAUGCUACAGAAACCAAAUAGUUUCUAUUUUAAAGUCAUUACACUCUCAUAGAAGUAUAUUCAGUUUCUUCUUUGGUUCACGUCCUGUUGCUAAUCCAAAUGCUAAUCUAGCACCACCUUCAGAAUCUAGCAAUCCACGUGUCUACAACAAGCACAGCAAAUAUUACUGUGUUUUUUUGUUGUUUUUUUACAUAUCCAACCAUUUUAGGAAACAUGACGAUGAAAGUUUCCAAGGAGUCGAUUGUAAAAUACAGAACCCGUGAAAUAAAAUGUUACACAAAGUUGCUCUGUA